AUGAGCAGCAUCCAUUUUCCAACGUGGGCCGAACAGCAGAGCUUGUUCAAGCUAUCAUGUGCUGAUGCAGAAACCUGCCAUCAGUUAUCUAGCGUGAAGGCGCUGAGUCUGCAUUUACCUCGCCAGGAAGAUUUCAUCGGCGCCAUGUUCGUCGUGCAUGCGAAUCCUGUCGACAGAGAAAGACAAAGUGCACCGGAGACAAGUCUGGGUGCCGGAAUUGUCGAGAGGCGGGCAUCAUCUGUUGCUACACUGAUGGCAAAAGAGAAAAGUCCAAGCGUACACAACCCGCGAAGCCAACUGGCAAGCUUGUCAGCGAAAGUGCAAGCAUACGAAGACGUCAUCAGCAAGCUGAGCAAUCGAUUUGGGGUCUCAGAUGAACAGCUCGUGAACAUCGCCCUCGCCGUGGACUCCGCUUCCGACCUAGCAUUGGAUGCCGAUGCCGAUGGUUCCGGACAACGGAAGCUAACCUCAGAGCCUCCUCCUUCGCAUCCCUCCUUCGAUGCGACCCUGGACCAAGUGGAUCAUACCGAGGAAGACUUCAAUAGAGACGAGGUAGCUCGCUCAACUGGUUAUAUCGGAAAGAGCUCUGAGAUCACCUGGCUGCAGAAGCUUAGCAAGGAGGUCAAUAACGAGAAUGAGGGAUGGCCCUGCAGCAUGUCGAAUGCAGAUGAUGAGAAUGCUCUUCCUUCUCCCACGCUGACGCCACUACCAGAAAACUCCAGCGACCCACUGAUGGCCUCUCUGAACUACUAUCUUGACGAUCUUGAAGUUCCAAAUUCCGAGAAAGUCGAUCCCAACGUCGUCCCCUCCAAAGAUGCGGCAACAAAGUUGCUUAAUGCCUACCUGACUUCUGUCCAUCCGUCUUUCCCGAUCAUUGGGAUCUCAACUUUCGUCUCGCAGUUCCAAGUCUACUUCAGCCAGCCCUCUUUGAAGCCUGGAAACAAAUGGUUGGCCAUCCUGAAUCUCAUAUUUGCCAUCGCUGCAAAGCAUGCUCAGUUGACAGAUGCGGAUUGGAAGGAAGAUGAAGACGACCAUGGGGUUUAUUUUACGAGGGCCAGGAUGCUGAGCCUGGAGAAUCAGUCAUUGCAUCACCCUGAUCUUCAGCAACUUCAAGUUGAAGGACUGGCUUGUUUUUAUAUGAUUGCAUUUAGUCACAUCAACAGAGCCUGGAAGCUCUGCGGAAGUGCGGUUCGAGGAGCUCUAGCCCUUGGUCUUCACCUUCGCAAUGUGGGUUCUUGUACUUCGGAUACGUCAAAGGAGAUCAGAUAUCGUGUCUGGUGGUCACUAUAUACUGUUGAGCAUCUGCUGACAGUCAUCACGGGGCGUCCAUCCUGCAUCACCGAUAGCUCUUGCACCACACCUCUCCCCAAGCCUUUCGAUGAAAGCGAAUUUCAGAAGGAAGAAGUGUCUCACCUCAUCAGCACCGUCGGCCGAAGUACUUCGAGUCCUCUAGAGCGAAUAACGCUCAAUAGCAGCACUGCCAAUCUUGAUUCUGGCGGUGACUCGGACACAAACGAUGAAAGUGCAGAAGCGGAUAUCAAGAUUACCCGUGCUGAAUAUCUGAAAAGCCUUCCCCCGUGCAUGUCAUUAUAUUUCUUACAGUUGACAUCGCUCACAACAAUCGCCAAGAGAAUGACAGUCAAGCUCUACAGCCCCGAAUCGCAGCAAGCACCAUGGGCAAGUAUUGAGUUUACUAUUCAGAGUUUGAUGCUCGAGAUCGAUUCUUGGUUCAUGAAUCUUCCAUCGGCCUACGACUUUACCUCAACGCAGACAUCGCAAUGUCCUCUGGGACAGCGAAUGGGACUUGCGUUCCUCUUCUACAGCACCAAAAUCGGGAUUACUCGUCCCUGCUUAUGUCGACUCGACUCUUCUCGAUCAGAUGGGGACAAGGCGUAUGAGUUUUGCAGCAAGACGGCGGCAGAGUGUGUCGAGUCUGCAUGCCACAUGUUGACACUAUUCCCGGAUUCCCUUGAUGCAGCCCUUCUGCAUCGGAUCUCUCCUUGGUGGUGUACACUCCACUAUCUCAUGCAAUCUACCACGGUGCUCCUGUUGGAACUGGCAUUCAAAGCACAGCAUGUGCCCGAGAAGGCAACAAUGGUCUCGAAAGCGGCCACCAAAGCCCUCAGCUGGCUGUCCACACUGUCGAAAACCAACCCAGCCUGUGAACGUGCCUGGAGACUCUGUGAUGGAUUCUUACGCCGUCUUGCGCCCCAUUUUUGCAUUAAUAUUUCGGAGCUGUCCGAGAAUGAAGAGUCCUCUGCCUCCUCCAUUCUGGAUGCCCCUGACCUCGGUGAAGCCGCGCUCAUCUUGGACGAUCAGGCCAUGAACCAUCUUCCCUUUGACACGUCCACUACGCUACCAUCCACGACUGCGGCGGGCAGUAUUGCUGCCGACAUGGACUCCAUCGCUUGCUCACCAAUGGACCAAUCCGGCACUCCUCUUGGAAUAUCCGCACCUUACAGACUGGAGCCACCAGAUCUUCUUGACUCAUUUAUCAAGCCCGAAAAAUCACUCUCGGGUCGAAGCUCUUACGACGAGUAUUUCCCAUACGAUCCGACGACUGGUCAGAUCACCGGCUCCUUUUUCCCUACAGAAUCGAAUCUAGAUCUUGAUCUGGGCUAUUUCUGGGGCGAUCCCGUUUAUUGA